GUGGAAGCAGCGAAGAAGUGGCAGACGGCGGAAGACAGCAGCUAGACGGGCCAAGCCUUGCAUUGACUGGCGCAUCCCGGCUGCGCACGGUCCAGACGAAUGGGCCCAAAAACUUGUACUGGUGAACGUGGUGGGCUGGCACGCUGGUUGGCUGUGGCUUUGUUUUGCGGGAAGACCUCCAUCACUUUUUACCUCAUCUACGGACUUUUCCCUGAUCCUGAUAAUUCUCUGUACCCGUCCGCACCACUUACACUCCUUUCUUCCGUACACAUCAGGGUUCUCCGGGAAGAGGUGUCAUCCGCAAACCACCUCCAAAAUGCUCGCCCUUAGAUCAAUUGCCGCUCCUGCGCAGCGCCAGGCCUUCCGCGCCGCUCCUCGCGCCGUGUCGGUUUCCUUCCAGAACCGUUUCUACUCUUCCCGCGUUGCCCAGUUCACCGGCCAGAAGGAUGCCAGCGGCAAGUACACUGUCUCCUUGAUCGAGGGUGAUGGCAUUGGUCCCGAGAUCGCCGUUGCCGUCAAGGACAUCUUCGCUGCCGCUCAGACGCCCAUUAACUGGGAGCCUAUCAACGUCGACCCCAUCCUCAAGGAUGGCAAGACCGCUAUUCCUGAUGCCGCCAUUGAGAGCAUCAGGCGCAACAAGAUUGCCCUCAAGGGUCCCCUCGCCACUCCCAUUGGCAAGGGCCACGUUUCCCUCAACCUGACCCUCCGCAGGACCUUCAACCUUUUCGCCAACCUGCGCCCUUGCCGCUCCGUUGCCGGCUUCAAGACCCCCUACGACGGCGUUGACACCGUCCUUAUCCGUGAAAACACCGAGGGCGAGUACUCUGGCAUUGAGCACGUCGUUGUCGAUGGUGUCGUCCAGUCCAUCAAGCUCAUCACCCGCGAGGCCUCCGAGCGUGUCCUCCGCUACGCUUUCGAGCAGGCCCGCGCUAUCAACCGCAAGAAGGUCCGCGUUGUCCACAAGGCCACCAUUAUGAAGAUGUCCGACGGCCUCUUCCUCAACACCGCCCGCGAGGUUGCCCAGGACUUCCCCGAUAUCGAGUUCGAUGCCGAGCUUCUCGACAACACCUGCCUCAAGAUGACCACCGACCCCACUCCCUACAACGACAAGGUUCUCGUCAUGCCCAACCUUUACGGUGACAUUCUCUCCGACAUGUGCGCCGGUCUCAUCGGUGGUCUCGGUCUCACCCCCUCCGGCAACAUCGGUGAUGAGUGCUCCAUCUUCGAGGCCGUCCACGGCUCCGCCCCCGAUAUUGCUGGCAAGGGUCUUGCCAACCCCACCGCUCUCCUUCUCUCCUCCAUGAUGAUGCUCCGUCACAUGGGUCUCAACGAGUACGCCGACAAGAUUGAGAAGGCUGCUUUCGACACCCUUGCUGAAGGCAAGGUUCUGACUGGUGAUCUUGGUGGCAAGGCCUCCACCAAGGAUUUCACUUCUGCUAUUAUCGACAGGCUAUGAUACCAUAACUUUUCCUGUAAUGCAUUUUCUUGGCUAGUAGGGUUCCUGUAGUAGACUGUAUCACAACGAUCUAUUCCCUUUGUUUAUAACCCCAAAUAACGGCGGUUCUUUUCGUUGAGAAAGUUGAAUUUUACAAAGGCGUUGAAGGUACCCAUCCUAAUCCUUCGAUGCCCUUUUAAAUUACUCUGCGUUGCGUGCUUGGCAGACUAGUUUGGGUGCCAGAUCUUUGGUCACUAUACUUCCUCUCCUCUGCUUGCGCAUACGUCACAUGUAUGUUUUCUAACCCUUAGACAUGAACCACUUCUUGGGGGAUCACAUGCGACGAGGUGAUCUGUUGUUCCCGGGACUUCUCGGUG